GCUCUCGCGAAGCAGAGCUCCCCCGAUCAACAUACACCCGAGGAGGCGACGCGCGGGCGAGGUCGCGCGAGAGCGAUUCGAGGCGGUUCGGCGGCGGCGAACGAGAUGACGGACGUCCACCACUUCAACAACAUCUCCCUCGGCGGCCGCGGCGGCUUCAACCCUGGACAGUUUAAACUUUAUUCAGGAGGACUUGCAUGGAAGAAGCAAGGUGGAGGAAAGAUUAUUGAGGUUGAUAAAGCUGAUAUCACUUCUGUAGUAUGGAUGAGGAUCCCUAAAUCUUAUCAACUCAAUGUUGGGAUGAAGGGGGGGCUCUUUCACAGGUUCUUUGGCUUCCGUCAACAGGAUGUUAGCAACCUGAGUAACUUCAUACAAAGAAGCACGGGAAUCUCACCAGAAGAGAAGCAGCUUUCCAUCAGUGGGCAUAACUGGGGUGGAGUUGAAAUCGAUGGAACUAGGCUUUGCUUUAAUGUUGGUGAGAAGGAAGCAUUUGAAGUCUCUCUAGCAGAUGUAUCGCAGGCUCAGAUGCAAGGGAAAACAGAUGUUGUUCUCGAGUUCCAUGUUGAUGAUACCACUGCAUCUAACGAGAAAGAUUCGCUGGCGGACUUAAGUUUUCAUGUACCAACUUCAAAUGCUCAAUUUAUUGGGGAUGAGCGUCAUACUUCAGCUCAGAUGUUGUGCCAGGAGAUUAGAUUUUGCAUGGGGAGCCCCUCAGAAGCGGCUAUAGUUACAUUUGACGGCAUUGCAAUCCUCACACCAAGAGGUCGAUACAGUGUUGAGCUUCAUCGGUCAUUCUUGCGACUCCAAGGACAAGCUAAUGAUUUCAAAAUCCAUUAUAGCAGUAUUCUUCGCCUCUUUAUUUUGCCAAAGUCACAAAAUCCUCAUACUUUUGUGGUCAUCACACUUGAUCCACCAAUUCGGAAAGGACAAACAUUAUAUCCCCACAUUGUUAUUCAGUUUGUGACAGAGGUAGUGGUUGAAAGGGAAUUGGCAUUGAGUGAGCAAGUUUUGGCUGAAAAGUACAAGGAUAGGCUUCAGGGCUCUUACAGGGAUCAAAUACAUGUGGUAUUCUCCAACGUCCUUUGUGGCCUAUCUGGUGCUAAAGUGACAAGGCCAAGUACAUUCCGCAGUUGCCAACAUGGAUAUGCAGUCAAAUCAGCACUUAAAGCUGAAGAUGGUUUGCUCUAUCCACUUGAAAAGGCCUUCUUCUUUCUGCCAAAGCCCCCUACACUCAUUCUUUAUAAGGAGAUCGAGUAUGUGUUGUUUCAGCAUCAUGGUGCUGGUGCUAAUAUAUCAUCUCAAUAUUUUGACCUCUUGGUCAAGCUGAAAAACGAUCAAGAACAACUGUUCAGUAACAUCCAAAGGAUUGAAUAUCAAAACUUGUUCAACUUCAUUAGUGGCAAGCGUUUGAAAAUUCGGAUUCUUGGAGAUGGUCGAAGGAGAAGUGGUGGUGUUACAACUGCUCUAGAGAGCACUGAUGAUGAUUCUGUCGAUCCAUAUCUGGAGCAAAUAAAAAAUCAAGCUUGUAAUGAGGAAAGUGACGAAGAGGAUGAAGAUUUUGUGGCAGAUAAAGAUGAUAGUGGUUCUCCUAGUGAUGAUUCUGAAGAGGAAGGCUCUGAUGCUAGUAUGAGUGGAGGUGAAAAUGAGAAUUCUUCCAAGAUGGAAGCUAGUAGAUCAAAGCUGCAUGUGAAAAGAAAGCUGAAUAAUGGGUCUGAUGAAGGUUCUCAGAAUAAAAAAACAAAGAGAAAGAAAGAGCAGAAGAGUGGGUCCGAUGAAGGUUCUCAGAAGAAAAAGGCAAAGAGGAAGAAAGAUCCCAAUGCCCCUAAAAGAGCCAUAGUUCCAUUCAUGUACUUCUCGAAGGCUGAGCGAGCUAAUAUAAAGAACAGCAACCCUGAACUGACUACCACAGAUAUUGCAAAGAAGCUUGGGGAGAGAUGGCAAAAGAUGACAGCCGAUGAGAGACAACCAUACGUAGAGCAAUCCCGAGUCGACAAGCAACGUUACGAGGAAGAGUAUGCCGCCUACCGCGGAACAGCCGCUCAGCAAGGCCCCGGCGAUGGAUCGGAGUGAAGGUUGCAGAUUUUGACAGUUGACAGAAGGAACUGGAUUGUUGAGCGCUCAGUGUAAAUAGGGCGUGAAAUUACCUUAUUACCUUCUAAUUGUUACAUGCAAUCUUUCUUAGCCAGCUUUACUAGUAAUAUGUGUUGCCUGGAGUAUCUUGUGAAGUCCUCUAUCGGCCGUAAAGAGUGUAGAUCAAUCAGGAACGAUAAGUAGAAGCUGC